AUGGAUGUCUACGCACUUACUCGAAAGAAGCGACCCACUCGUCUAACACUCGGCCAGCCGACUCGGUCAUCAGCCCUUGAAACGUUGGAAUCGCCGACGUUGACAGAUCAGACUGGUUCUUCCCUGGAAUCGAAACGUCAAUCUUUAAACAGCAUUUUGUCACUAUCCGAUACAGUGACAGGUCCGCCAUCCAGAGACCAUUGGAAGCCGGACGCUGACGCUAGUCAUUGUGCCUACAUGGCAUGUACAAUAUCAUUUGGACUAUUCGAACGAAGGCACCACUGUCGGAAAUGCGGCGACAUUUUCUGCUCUACCCAUUGCUCUAAUUACUUUCGACUGGACCAGUCUUCGCAAUUCCACCGAAAAGGGAUAUUAUCUCGAGGCUGUGAUACUUGCGCAGCCGAAUACCGGAGGUGGCAAUCGGGACAACAACAGCAGCAGCAGCAGCAGCAGCAAAAGGAUACCCCGCAGCUACAAGAAAACCAAGAAGGAUCGGCAGGUCACGACGAAUUCGACACCAAAUUUAAUUAUAAUAAUCAGCAUCAGCAUCAGCAUCAUUAUCAGCAUCAGCAUCAUCACAACAACAACCAUCAUACGAGCAGUAGCCGUCGUCGUCGUGCCGGCAUUAUGACGCAGCAACCUCAAGCCAUGGAAGGAAUAACAGAGCUAGGCAGAGAUGAUAUUGUUCAGCCUGUGGAGCAUCAUCCAAAAGGAAUUACCAUCAGAAGUAAUCCUGAAGACCACCAUACUAUUACGGAUACUGCUGAAGUCGUCGCAUUGUCAGAUAUCCAAGGCGACCUCGAGAAGGACGCACAAAUUGCAACCACGCACAUGUCACUGAAUAGCACGCAACACAAUGGUUACGACUUUAUUAACAUCUUACCACAACCCUAUCUCGUAUAUCUUUAG